UGAAGUCAGAGCUAGAUGACCAGAGUGCUGGAAUUUCCUGCGCUCCUGUGGUGGCUCGUUCAGUAGGAAUCCAGGGUUUUGAUUCAACUUAAAUAUUGUGCCCAGGUGCAAAUUAACGGCUCGAGGAAAUUUGGCGCUGUUUCUAUGAGUUCAGGCUUUUUGUUUGUUGGUGAGGUCCAACAAAAGUCACCAGAAUACAGGAAACAAAGAAUCUGAAACUGAAAUUUCAUAUCUGUGAUAUUAGAUUUAUCAGGAUUUUGGUUGUUUAAAAGCAGCUUAUUUUUUUCUGUAUUUUUGACUCCCCCUUGUGUUUUGUGCUGCAACUUGCCCUUGUGUUUGUAACUGAAGGUUUUAUAUCUGUCGGGCCAGUAUGUGGCAGCAUAAGAUUCAUGUGUACAGAUCCAGUACAGAUUCAUGUGCACAGUUGUUGGCUCAAUUAUUUGUGAAACAAAUUUCAAAAGAUACGUGAGAGACACAGAUCAAGAGAGGAAGGGGGCCCACAGAGACUGCUUACGUAUAGGGCCCAGAAUUUUGUGCUACACCAUUAACUGUACCCUAAAGUUCUGCUGUUGGUUGAAACAGAUCCGGUACUUGAGUGUUUUGUUCAUGCUGAAGAUGACCAGAAACCCAAAGGUUCCUACCACAGCAGAUCCACACUGACACUCCUCUCCACAAAUAUACAAAAUACUAUAGCAAAGAAUCUAAAAAAAUGUGAAAGGAAACCUUCAAAGGAAACCUGUGAUGCAGGUCAUAUUUUUUAUAAAGCAGAGCUACCAAACAUAUUUAAAUUACUUUACUCAUUUUAAUGUAGGUUUACUGUAGCCUAGAUAUGCACUGUGCAGCUGUAUCAUGUAGACAUGUAGGCUCUGGCUAUUUGUUUACAGAUACAAAUGAAAAAAUAGAAUAAAAAUAAAUAUUAGGUCAGACUCCAUAUUGGUAGAUAUUCCAUAUUACAGGGUCAGGAGCAAAACAACAUGACUGGGACAUCCCUACUUUUGACUGAGCUCUGUGGCUUUCCAACAAACAAUUCUAAAAGUCACUUCAAGCAGAUGCUCUCUCUAUGAGGCUCCCUGAGCCCAUGGGCCUCUUGGCCUGUGCCUGUUAGGCCCAGUUAGUAAUUCCUCCCUGGCAGCAGGGAUUCAGAAAAAAUUAAGGAUAUCUGUCCACCUUCAACAAAAAUCAUUUUUGAGUGUUCAGACACAGCUGUGUCAUAAAUGGGCUAUAAGACAUCAUGCCUGCCGGUGAGUGGUGACUUUUGAGUAAGUUCAAGACAGAUACUGUAGGUGGGGUCACGGAUGUGUUUGGGGAGAGAUUUCCAGAAGGAGACCCUGUCACCCCAGGUUCAGUGCUUGGUCCUGGAUGGUGGCGAGAGGAGGUUGGCAAUGUUAGAUAUUAUAUAUAAUCCUCAACAUCACAGACUGAUGAUGCAGUAAUCUAGAGAAAGAGAGGGGCUCACAGUAGCCUGGAACUGAUGUUGGCCAUUUUUGUCACAAGGUGUCACUAUAAACCUACAAUAAGUGAGGUUGAACCAUUUUGAAAUUAAACUGCUUUUGAUUUUUCUUCUCCCAGGUUCUUUACAAGGAAAGUUAUUGUAAUUUUACUGUAACCUAGGGAGAAAUUGGCGGAUAUAGUGUGAGAAUUAACCAGAAGAAUUUGUUAAAGACAUUAGUUGUACAUGCAAUCUGAUCAUGUCUGUUGCUUAGGUUUCUGGCUUAUCAUCCGCACUUAGCUUCACUCAUUAUCAAAAGUAUAAUCGGAGUUAUAAAAAUAAUUGUGAUUAGUCUUGAAAUGUUUGAGCUAGAAGAAACAUCCAGCUGUGACUAUUUUAUUUAAAGAAUAAUACAGUCUAAAUGAUCGAACUAUUUACUUAUUAAUGCUUUACCCAUGUACCCAUGUAAUUUCUAGUUUCUGACUGGAGUCUCUGUCUUUUCUACAAUAACUCUAAUUCCUGUCACCCCUGUGACAUUCCAGUAAUCUGGGCGGUUAUAACGUCGUCUUCCUGGGCCGUGGCCGUAUCCAGAGCCUAUUCCCCUCGGCGAUUGGACCGGAACCGUCCUAUAAAAGGAGUCAAACUCCUCCAUUGUAUGUACAGGGUGUCUAUCAAAAGCACAUUUGAUGAAGACGAAGGGCUGGCCCAAGGAUUUAGAAGCUGUUAUUGGACAACACCUUCGUCACUCAGUGCGUAACGUCGAUUUCAUUGGAUGAAAUGAGAGCCAGUCACCGACAUCGAGCUGUGAUUGGAGCAGAGCUUCUCUGGGGAGUAGCAGGUUAGUCUGCGGCCUGCGGAGUGCACACUCGGGUGGGCGUAUCGUAGCGGUGACAGCGACACUCGUAGACUUCGGACAAACUGUCAAAAAGCAGACAACUAACGGUAGUCCUUUUUCAGCACAGACAGACGGAGGUUGUUUGACGACAGGGAAUACAGUACCAAGGUGACAGGGACAACAAAAACACAGCGUGUUCAGGCGGGGACAGGAGAGGCGUGACGCGGGAGAGGAGCGAGUUUGUAGCAAGUUAAUUUGAACAGCUGAAGAGAGACAGGAAAUGUGGGAGAGAAAGAGAGAGAGGGGGAAAUGACAUGCAGCCAAGUGCUGCGGUAAGGACUCAGCCUUGUACGUGGGGCAUGCGCUCUACCAGCCAUGGCAGAGUUAGACCUGAGUCUGAGUGAUGCACUGACGGACAGCGUUCCCCAGCCAGGCCCAGAGAGCCUAGUGGAAAGGGACUUUGUGGCUCAGCUGGAAGCCGAGACCUUUGACGAUCAGGUCGGGGAGACGGUGGGAAAGACAGACUACACCCCCCUGCUGGACAACGACGACACCAGGGCAGACGUGGGUACUACGUUGGAGAAUGGAGAGCAGGAAGCUCAUGGGGUGCAAAAGCCUGGUUGUAAGCUGACCGUGGGGAGACAGACAUCAGCGUUGCGCCCAGAGCCACAGGGAGAGGUGUGGCCACGCUCACUUGACCAGCAGCAGGCCUUGGCUACAGACUUCUUAUCAGCCUCCAUGGCAGGUCAUUCAGAUCCUUUAGGCUCUCAGACCAGCCCUGCCCAAAUGAUGGAUACUGGCCGGAUAGGAACUUUUUCAGGUUUCUCCCAGCCUGACGGGAUGGGGGUGAAUGUGGAGGUGGGGUCUAUACCCCUCUCAGCAGAGAGGGUUCCAAGUAUAGCGGAACCCCAGCAUCCCACACACCCAGGGGGCUCAAAUGCCCCUAAAGAGCCCCACAGCCCCAUGCUGCCUGAACCCCAGGCUCCUCGCAGCCCUCUGGAUCUGUCAGCAGGUUCCUUAAGUGACUGCUGGCCAGAUGAGGCUGGCUGCCUACCGACAGACCUCCCUUUCACCCCCAGUGUCUCCACGGUGAUCAGUCGCCAUGCAGGCCAUCUCGCAGUUAGCCCUGAUGACCCACCUGACAGUUGGCCAAGCCGAGAGAGCAACGCUUAUGCUGGAGGCGAUGAAAGGGAGGGAGAUGGAUCAGGCCGAAAACAGAAGAAGAAGAAGAAAAGGCGACAGAAAGAUGAGGGAUCUUACGAACACCUUGAGAGCAGGGGUCUCCCUGAGGUGCAAGCACAGGGAGAAAACACUCCUUCAUCAGAGCAGGUCUACCACAGGAUUUGUCCAAGGCGGGAGAGAGGAGACUGUGGCUGGGAGGAGGAGCUUGGGAAGAGUGGAGGCCGGGGGAAGAGGGGGAAGAGCAGAAAGAAGCUUCCAGAGGAGUGGGGAGUGAUGCCGGAACCGUUUGUCUCUGUGUCCGCAGCGACCUCUCAAAUCACAGAGGAGGUGAUGACAGAUCUACGGAGUUCUGUUCAGGCAAACCUGGAAGCCUCGUUUGCAGACAUGGACACCAGCCAGAGCUCCUGGAAAAAGGAGGUCUACCCAGAAGAAGACCUGGUCCCUUCCCCCGUGUCCCAGGACCUGUUCUCCCCAACAGCUCCUUCCAUCAAUCCAUUGGUCCUGAACAGCGAGCUGAAAGCCACAGCUGCUUCGUUCACUAUGCCCUCCACCACCAACAAUGCAACACUUUGCUCCUUCCGCAUGGCCCCUCGCCCUGUUGAUCCAUUUGACUUCCUGAUGGAUACCGAAAAUGCCAGCUUGGGUAACAGCAGCCAGGUCUUUUCGCCACCUUUCUCUCCAGAGAAUGAAGCAAUGGGUGGUGAUAUGGUUGACAGCGGGAUGUUUGACAACACCAGUUCCCUCCAAGAAUUUUGUGUGCAAGACAUGCCUGAGGGAGACACCUCAGCUUUCAGCCCUGCCUCCCAGAUAAGCCUAGGCCUUUCCCCAAAAGGUGAGGUGUUAGCCUCAGCCCCACCUCUCUCACCUUCAGAUGCUUCAUGGCUCCUGAAUGACUCCCACAUGAGCAGCAACAGCGAGCUAUUUGACUUCAGUGACAUUAGCACUUCAUGUCAUCCUUUAACCAUAGGGCUGUCCUUAGACACCCCUAGCCCAGCCCCUCUCCGCUCCCCCAAAACCACAGCACAGGAAUUCCAACCCAAAGAGCACAAAGAUGUCAAAUCGACCCAAAAACAAUUCAAGAAGUCUCGUUCCCCAUCUUCCUCUGUAAAGAGUCCCACCUCCCCAGGAGCUAAGAAGUUCCCUCCACAAGCAUCCCCUCCAUCAGUCACCCCUCUGGGAAUUCAAGGAUCUGGCCUUAACCCUGCAGCUAAGCCCUUCUUUCCCAGCUUUGCUGAUCCCAUGGAAGAACCAGCCAUGGUCCCUCCAGUUACCCCCAUCAUCGAAGUAAAAUCAGACACAAUAGAGAAGGUGAAGAAGGAGGAGAAGCUGGAAGACAAUGUAAAGAAGGUGGACCUGUUUGACCCUCUGGAUACAGCUGAGCAGAAGAGCUUGAAGGUUGAAUACACAAGCAGUGAGACUCCAGCCAAGAUGGAGAAAGAGACAGAGAAGAAAAAACAGAAAGAGACACAAAAAGAGGAAGACAAAGAGGCAGUAAAGGUUGAAGAGGAAAAAGAAACAGAAGUGAAGAUCACAGAGAAACAGGCAGAAAAGGUGGAAGAAAAAGAGGAGACAGAAAAGGGGAAAGAAAAAGAGCAAGAGACAGAGAUAGUGGAGUCAAUGCAGCAGAAGGCAGAAAAAGAGGAUACAAUUUACAAGGUAGACGAAUCACCAGAAAUAUUGGUGAAGACAGAUAAAGUGGAGAAGACAGAAAAAGUAGAGAGCAAAGUGGAGAAAACAGAGAAUCUGGAAAAAGUGGACGAAAAUAACGAAAAGUCCGACGUUGAAGAAAAAACAGAGAACAAAAACCCUGAGAAGCUUGAGAAAACAGAGAUGAAGGAUGGCAACGAGCAGCACAUGGACAAAGUGGAAAAGACCCCAGAGCAACAGCCGACACCCAUCAAGCUUGAUACCAGUUAUGACAAGCUGAAGAAGAAGGCUGACACAGAGACAAAGACAACAGCAGAGAUGGAAGAAACCAAGAAAGAAAAGGCGGGCACAGACAAAACCAAGAAGACGGAGGAAGAGGAUGAGGUGGAGAAACUGCCUGGGCAGCCAGCGGAAAAACCAACAAAGAAGAGUGAAAAGGAAGAGAAGCAGGACAAAAUACAGGCCGACAAAAAGAUUGUGGAGAAAAAGGAUGACAAGAAGGACAAGGCUGCAAAAGCAGAUGGAGGAGAGAAGGCUAAAAAAGCAAAACCUGCAACUAAUGGAAGCAGCGCCACACUGAGCAGAGAUGUGGCAAGUGCAGACAAGAAGGCCAAGCCUGCUGCCGGGGCAACCAAACCGAGUGCUGCGACCAAAAAGCGCCCGAGUCCUGCAGCUGCUGGUGGUUCAGUCACAGCCCCUACUAAGCGCCCCACACCCUCCACCACCACCUCCACCCCAGAAAAAAAAACAGCCAUAGCCAAGGCACCAUCUACAGCUGCUGCUGGUCCAAAGCGGCCCUCCACCACUUCUAGCAGCCGCCUUGCAUCCUCAACCACCAUCACUAAACAUGAUGUCAAACCCAAGGCAACCACAGAGAAGUGCCCCCUUGUGCCAAAGGCCAGCACUGCCGCCUCAAAUGAAGCAGGAUCCACUGCUGCCACCAAAAAUGGAACUGCUAUCACAGCAGCCAGUAAAACUGCUACAUCAGUGCACACAACGGCAUUUACUCGCACCAUUACUACCACUGCAGUCAAAAAGCCUCUGGCUUCGAAGACAGACAGCAAAUCAGGAGAGGAGAAGAAGCCCGGCACUCUGAAGACUUCUACAGCCGACUCUACCAAGCCCAAGACCACCACCACCACCCGCAGCUCUGCUUCCACCACUGCUGCCUCUCGCACCCAAACCAAAGCAGCAAAACCGGCCACACCAUCUUCCACCGCUGGCACAGUACCAGAAAAGAAGCCCCCAGUGCCCCGCGCCUCCCGGGCCAUUUCCUCAACCACAACCACCACCACCUCCAGGACCACAGCUCGACCUGGCACAGCACUGGCCCCCAACAUCCGUAACGCCCGCUCUAAGAUCGGCUCUACAGACAACAUGAAGCACCAGCCUGGAGGAGGGAAGGUGUCAUCUGCCUCUGAGAGCAGGGGCGUCGCCUCCAAAGAAACGAGCCAGGGCAAAGUUCAAAUAGUCUCCAAAAAGGUGGACUUCAGCCACAUCACUUCACGCUUGGGCUCCAAGGACAAUAUGAAGCAUUUUCCUGGUGGAGGGAAUGUGCAGAUACUCAACAAGAAGGUGGAUCUGAGUAAGGUGACGUCAAAGUGCGGCUCCAAGGACAACAUCAAGCACAAGCCUGGUGGUGGCGACGUGAAGAUUGAGUCCCACAAAGUGAGCUUUAGGGAAAAGGCUCAGUCCAAAGUGGGCUCCGUGGACAAUGUGAGUCAUUUACCUGGUGGAGGAAACAUCAAGGCUGAGGGUGCCCAGGAGACAACAGAGGGUAAUGGGACUCCUUUGAGUGGCACAGCUGCCCCAGCCCCAGGCUUCGAGCCAGGGCAGGCAGGGAGCCCUGCUGCCCAGGAGAAUGGGCUGAAGGAGGGAGCUCCCUGUGGUAGUGAGGCCCUCCGGGAGCCCCAGGCUUUGGACUCCCGCAUCCCAGAGACAAGCAUCUAAUUCUGCUAUCCCUCUGCCCUCCUCAUCUCAAUCCCCCACAACAUCACCACCUCCCCCGCCCCACCUUCUCCUAUCUCCUAUCUUACCUCAAUCCCAUUUUCUUUGCCCCUUUCUUUCCAACCUUUCUGCUGCAGAUUGAGUUUUUCAAGCUCAACUUCCGCGAGAAUGCUCGCUCUCGUGCUGACCAUGGCGCCGACAUCAUCACCUGGCCAGCCCCCCAGGACAACAACAGUUCCCACCCACACAGUUCCUCCUAUUCUCUACACCAAAACCACCAGCACCACCUGACUCCUCGCAGUGUCUCCCUCAUUGAAUCAUUGCCUCCAUCUAGCUCUGAAAACCCCUUUUAUCUUAUAUAUGUCAUUACAAAUGUUUGAAUCAUCCAAUAGUUCUGCCACUCCAGUAUCAACUUCAUGUUAUCAUGCCUCUUCUCUCACAUCUGAGCUCAUCAUCAUGCACCAUCGUUGCCAUCCCUACCCUCCUAUAUUUGGCUGAAGUGACUGUAGACUAAGCUUGGUGGGAAUCUGUGUGGAGGGAAAUGAGGCGCUUUUCUCACAUAUUUGGUUGGGCCUUCUCCAAGCUGGCUGACCUGGAAUCAAUCACUUUGAUCCUCUUUACCCACAGCCUGGUGGUGGUCUCUGACCCUGCAUCUCAUCUCCGCACACCAAAUAACAGCACCGUUCACUUCAUUGGUCAAAUGAACAGCGUGGAAACCCUCUCAGACUCACCUAUGGCUUCUGUCACACACAUAGCUUCUCAUUUCCUUGUGAGUUUAGGGGCCAUUGUUCCCAAAAACCACUUACUCUCUGCUUCAAUAACAUCGUAGUAAUUCAUUGUACAUCUCAUCUGCUUCAUCGUUUCCUCUCUCUUCACUAUCACUUACCAUAAACAAGCUGACAAACAAAAAAGCUAGACAACAAGUAGGCUGUUUGAACCCUUUUAGGAUGUUUAACGCUUAUUCUCUGUGUUUGUGAUGAUGUGUUUGAGUGACAAAAUUGUGUAAAAAUUAGCUUUGGUGUUCUGUUCGGAUCUUAUUUCUGUCUUUCUCAAGUUUUCUUAUUUCUUUCUUCUCUUUCUUGAUUUUAAAACAAGGUUUUAUUUAUUUAUUGUACGUGUCUUCCUGUACAAGCAAUACAGUGGGCGGUCUUUUUUUCCGAUAGCACUCAGAACAAUCUUGGAAACACGCACAGGUUCUUGUAAACCAAGGCACACAGUGAAGAAGGAGAUGAUAUUCAGAAUGAAGAAGAAAGUGAGGAAUGAGCUGUUGCUACAAGGGUGAAAAAGAAGCAUUUGAGGUGUGUUUUACAUUUAUGGCAAAAUAGCAAAAGACAUGUUGAAACCUGAAAGUAUUUUAAAUGCAAUAGAGGGAGUUUGCUAAAGUAGAGAAGCUUUAACCGAGCCUGCAGUCCAGAGGGAGAUGAGAAAGAUGUUUAAAUGCUGUGGAUAGGAAACGUCUCUGAAGUCAAAGGAGCUGUGUAUCUCGUAUGUGCCUCCUGUCCUUCUUACGUGAAAACUGCAAUAAAUGAGGAUGAAGGAUGAAGCAGGCUCACACUGAAAACUGCUCAGAGAAAAAUAAAAUCAUAGUUGACAAAACAGACAUAUAACACUAGGGGCAACCUAGUAUUGCUGUUUUAAGGGAAUUCUGUAAAUCAAGCUGUCCUAGUAGUUGUGUGUAGUCAUGGUUGUUGUCACAUUUCAGGUGUUUCUAUGAGGGUUAUGGUAGCAUGUUUGGCAGUUGAUUAAAGCUUCAGCUGAAUACAAAAACAGAUCUAAUAUGUGUUGGGCACUUUCUUGUUAGAGUAUUGGCAGUGGAACAUAAUGUGGCUUCUCUUAUAGCAAUCUAUUCAACUGUUGCCUCCAAUUGCCUUUAUAAUGCAUAGCCAGAUUACAUAAUAUCAUGCCCAGAGCUGAAAGCCUAUGUGCAGUAUGACUCAAAGUGUUGUGGUUUGGUAUCAUAUGUGCAUCUCUGGGGCAGUCCUAGACAGUUGAUGUGUUGUUACUCAAAUGAUUUUUUAGUGCAGAUGGGCAGGAAGAUCUGGUUUCUGAUGGUUGUUGUUUCACCUCUUCCAGUUUCAUGAUUUAAUUCUACCACUCUAAACUAGGAGCAGAUUUGUAUACAGUGGCUCCAAACUCCAUGGCUCAAACAUACAGAGAUGGACUACUCAUGGAUUGGUAUUUUUAACAAUUUUUCAGAUUUUUUAGUAGUAUUUUAUUUCAGUAUUUCAGCUAGGAAAUCAUUGGCCUAGUGAAGUUGAUUCUGCUCAUUAAUCACUUGUCAACCAUCACUGUAUCACUUCCUCACUCAGUUUUAAGAAUAGUGUUAUAACAAGGGCUGGGUAUCUCUGGAAUUUUUCAAUAUCAGUUUUGCUACUGAUAUGAAACAUACUUUUGUGGACAUCUUAAACUUGCAUUUUUUUUUUUAACACAAAAUAGACAUCGCCAUAUGAAGUUGUUAUGGCGAACAUGUUAGCAAACAGCCUAUUACCUAUUUACACGUCCAGCAGACAGAGCAACAUUAGCAUUUAUUUGGAGUCAUGUUUCUGUCCACCUUGUGAAUGUGUUAAUCAAAUAAUAAUAGGUGAAGAUCAUGAAUCUGGCCAAACAUUUGAUGCCAACCUUUGGUUUGACUUUUCGAUGCUAUGGACACAUUUCAGUUGAUACAAGUAAAGUAUCAAAGUUCAAUCACCAGCACUAGUUAUAACAUACAGUAUAUCUAGUAAAACAGGAUAAAACAACUUCCAGUCUUGAUUGAAAGAAUUGUAAUGAAGAUGUUGUUGCAUACAACAUCUUGAUUGCAAUUCUUUCAUUUCAUCUGAGUAAAGAUUAAAAAUGAAGAAAAUUCAGUGAAAAGCAAGCAGGAUGAUGGCAAAUGCCCUGGCAGAAAUUUAACAAUUGUAUCUUCUUUUUGUUUCAUUUUCAGGUCUUCAGGUUAUUUUUAAAUUUUAAGACCAAAGCUCUAUUGACUGCACCCUAGAGACAACAUCAAACUACAAAAACACUCCUGAGUUUUUCUAUUCAAGUUGUCACUUUAGUAAUGAUUUGUAAAGAAGCUUUGACAGAACUAAAUUGCACCUUAAUGCUUUAAAGCUCAAAGAGGGCUCAAUGUCAUGGAGUGGUGGUAUUUAAUUACCAAUUAAAAUACCCCUCUAUGAACAAGUGAUCCUAAAUGACUUAAUUAUGAAUUACCUUUUGCAUGAUGACAUGAAUAGAGCAAUAAACUGAAUUACAGUACCCUCAUUUUUUCUCUAUUUUUCAUCAUAAAACACAGUUCAAUUCAGAAUCAUUAUUUUUGUUUUAUAUUGGAUUCCCUUUAAACUUAAUAUAAGAAAAUAAAGAUCCAGUUGCUUUUUUUUUUAAUAAAAAUGGGCAAUACUUUCAAUUAAUGUCUUCUGAAAGUGGUAAUGUUUCACAUGCAGAUGUUGGAAUGCUUUUCUGCCAGUUGAGGGUUGAGUAAGAGAAUCAAAUAGUUGAAUUGCUUUGUUUGUACCACAGCUAUCACAUAGCUAAAUUUGUCCUUGUGCCUGUCCACAGCCAAGUUUUAGCUUUGCUUAUACCCCAGAGUUUUUACUUACCACCACUUAUGAAAUUGCACACAGAUGUAUAUAGAUAUUUUGUUGUUGAUGCACUCUUUAUGGCCCUAAAAAAAGAACAAAACACAGUACAGCAACAACAUCAGGGGGGUUUAGUGGGUGGGGAGAUUCAUGGUUUGUUCAAAACAGCUUUUAUGUCCAGUGUUUUAUCAUGGCUAUUAUUCUGAUUAUUAGUAUGACAAAUUGAAAAGGUCUGCCUUUUUCAUUAGAAAGGGGCCACUGAAGUGAAAGAAUGUCUAUUGAGAUAUAUUGUACUUAAGAUGCAACACUUUUGUAUAUGUAUUUAUCAUUAUGUUCCUGUAACCUCAUGGUGGUUGUACUCUCAUAGUUGAAAGGAUUAUACUUUUGAUUUGUGACAGCCAGUUUCACCAACUGUGUGCUGGAGUUUCAAGGGUGUGCACAACAAUAUUUGAACCCAAUACAACACUUCGAAAGUCUUUAAAGGGACAGUUCACCCCAAAAUCAAAACUACAUAUUUUUCCUCUUACCUGUAGUGCUAUUUAUCUAUCUAGAUUGUUUUGGUGUGAGUUGCCGAGUUUUGGAGAUAUCGGCCCUAGAGAUGUCUGCCUUUUUUGAAUAUAAUGGAACUAUAUGGCACUCAGCUCACACCAAAACAAUAGUUUUGAUUUUGGGGUGAACUGUCCCUUUAACAUCUCAUAAAAUCUGAUUUUAUUUAAGCACUCUAACAGCAGCAUUUAUAAAUGUUGAACUGUUGAAAAAUAAUAAUUUGUAGUGCACAAUUAUGCCAACACACAGUUAAGUCUUGCCUGCAAGCGCAGUCUAGAGAUGAGAAUAAUGUUCUGACUAGCUGGUAAACAUUUCAUUCAGAUCACAGUGACCUCUGCAGGUUCAUAUGUUAAAAGAACAAAGCUGAAUGGGACUGAAGCUAAUGCACCUGAAACACAUGAUGCUAUAUAUCACAGUGGGCACAGGGGAUUUCUUGUUCAAGCAGGCAGUAAGGCUCUGUUCAAACUGCAGGCAAAUCAUAUUUGUAUGUCAAAUCAGCUCUUUAAGACAGACUGUCCACACUGUUAUGUGCAAGUGAUCAGAUCGGAUAAAUGAGAUUCCAAUCGGAUUUCUACAAAUGCGUCUCAGUCCGGACACUCUGACCACUCAAAUCGGAUUUCAAAGUGUCAAACGCAAUACACAACGUCAACGUCAAAUCCAGAGUGCCGGAAGUGCUUCAGAGCCAUGAUUGCACAAGCCCCCAGGAAGUGUGGCAGGUUUUGAAGCCAAUUUGACAAAUUUUCCAAACCGUGUAAUUACAGUGUCCAGGUCUGUCACAUGAUGCACACUGGCCCAAAAAUACUUUUCCCCAUAGACUUACAUUACUGUAAAAUGGUGGUUCAAUUGUUUUGAUUGUCACAAGCUGCGAAAAAUGACUUGUUUCACUAUCAGAAUUUGAUCCAUUUGUUCCGUUAACGUUUGGAAAGUCUAGAAGAGCCAUAUGAUUAAAUAAUUUUAUCCCCAUUCAAGUUAGCAGAGGGCUAAAGAGGAAGUUAGUCGGCUCGGCCGGCAGAUUCUCUAGUGCACUUGCUCUAUGGGCUGCACAAUGCGGAAGCAUAUGCCGAAGAUCUGGUUAAUUUUAUACCACCACUGAACAGCUUUCAUAGGAAUGAACGGAGCCCCGCCUCCAACGCUGAAUCCAUUUCUCUUUAUACAACCAUGUGACUGCAGCACAGAACAUCGUAAUGUAUACCAGCCUCCUCUGUAACUGAGUUUCUCUGGUGCGACGGAGGAGUUAUGCAACGCGACUUGAGAGCGCGAUAGUUUGGAGGACGAGAUGAUGGAUCUCCAUUUCUCAUGCUUCCAUGUUGGAAAGCCAGCGUACAGUACGUAGUUACUGACGCCUACGUUGUUACCACAAACAAGUGUGAUUUGCCUGCAGUCUGAACAAAGCGUUAGUGUAGAGCUCAAUGUAUAGGCCUGUAAAUUGGCGAGUAAUGCAUAUCAAAACAUAUUGGCUGCUACUUAUGGCACUCAAAAAGCAGCAACCUGCCCUGGAGAGUCACACAUCUCUAAAACAUCCUUGUCUAAGGCUAAGAAGACUAACUUUAGUUUUCAGGUUUGGCUUGUGUAAUAAAUGCUCUUCAGUAAUGUAUCCAAGGAGCAUUGUAGAGCUUCAUCUACCACAAUGGCACACAAACCAGACAUGCAAGUGUAACACUAGCUAACAAACACCUACUGUACAUACAGAGCAUGCUGAAAAACAACAGUGGGAUGUGUUAGGUAGACUACUUAUGUCAUUUGCAGAACCUUCUUGUUGUUUUUUGUGUUUUUAUUUUAAUUUUUUUCCCCCUAUUAAUUUUAAU